UAGCAGACAGCCGAAUAAUUCAGUCGGUGGGUGACGUGUUAAGGGAGCUCUGUUUACACAAGUGCAUGGCUAGUACUAUUCAAACUAGUUUGAACUGCUACCAAGAGCACGUGUGAUGUUGACAACUUAGCGCUUCAGGAGUCAUAAUCUCAGUCCAUGUAGUUAUUUGACUAUAAAGACUCAAUAAUAAGUAAUAUGUGGCCAGUUGUUAUAAAUGCUUUAAUGUCAGUAGCAGCAUAUUUUGCUACACUGAAAACAAUUCCUCGCCUGAAAGAUAUGUUUAUCAGAGCUAAUUUGUGCGGCAUUGAUAUGAGCAAAACUAAAAAAGAACGCAUACCUGAAGCACAAGGUGUGGUGACUGGAUGUAUUUUCCUCAUCACACUUUUCCUCUUCAUUCCAGUGCCAUUUAACCAACACAUCACAGAAAAAAACUAUGUUAAUCUGACAGAUAAUGAGUUUGUGGAGAUGUUGGCGGCCCUGCUGUCCAUAUGCUGCAUGCUGCUGCUGGGGUUCGUGGACGACGUGCUGGACCUGCGGUGGCGCCACAAGCUGCUGGUGGCCACCAUCGCGUCCCUGCCGUUGCUCAUGGUCUACUACGUCAACUUCAACUCCACCAGCGUCGUGGUGCCCAAGCCGUUCCGCCAGUGGUGCGGCCUGACCGUCGACCUGGGCUGGCUGUUCUACGUGUACAUGGGCAUGCUGGCCGUGUUCUGCACCAACGCCAUCAACAUCCUGGCCGGUGUGAACGGCCUGGAGGUGGGCCAGUCCGUGGUCAUCGCCUGCUCCGUGGCGGCGUUCAACCUGGUGGAGCUGUUCGGCGGCCUGUGGCGCACCCACCAGUUCUCCCUGUUCUUCAUGCUGCCGUACCUCGCCACAUCCGUGGCCCUGCUGCGCUUCAACUGGUACCCGUCACAAGUGUUCGUGGGUGACACGUUCUGCUACUUCUCCGGCAUGACCUUCGCGGUGGUGGGCAUCCUCGGCCACUUCAGCAAGAUGUUGCUGCUGUUCUUCAUCCCGCAGGUCGCCAACUUCCUGUACUCCGUGCCCCAGCUGUUUCACUUUAUCCCGUGCCCACGCCACAGGCUGCCCAGGUACAACGCCAGCACGGACCGGCUGGAGGUGAGCACGACCAGGUUCCGGCUGUCGCAGCAGGGCGUGCUGGGGCGCGCGAGCGUGGGCCUGCUGCGUGCGCUGCGCCUGGCGCACGUGGAGGAGGGGGCGGGGGAGGACGGCGACCAGGUGGAGUGCAGCAACCUGACGCUGCUGAACCUGGUGCUGCUGUGGCGGGGACCCAUGCAUGAGGAGUCCCUCGUCAGGCACCUGCUGGCUCUGCAGGUGGUGUGUUCUCUCGUAGCAUUUGUGAUACGUUACCCCAUCGCCUUCUUAUUCUACGACAUUUGAAGUGUGUAAACAAGAUGACAUUAGUUUGUUGUGAUCUUUAAAAAUACCAAAGUAAUAACACAGCCAAGUUUGUGGCCAGCUGACGUAGAAACAUCACACAAGAUAGUGAUGUUCACCAGACUUCAGCUGAAAAUGCUGUGCGUUGUUAUCAAACUCAUAUCAGCACUCAUAAUGUAUGCUGAUUUUACAUACAACUCUUGCAGUACGUAAUUUUGAUAUUAUAUUAUUGGCUCAGGCUGGCAUUAAGAUAUCAUCUGAUCUAAUACAUGGAAAAUAAAGACCUACAUGUCAUAUAUUUUUAUAAUAAUUGUAACUAGACAAUAGUUUUCUGAUUAAUUUUCGUUAAUGCUACUGUAAUAUUUUGUAAAUAUUUUUGUGUAAUCAGGGUAAAACUAUCAAUGCUGCAUGGGUAACUAUGAUUUUUGUUGUUAAGUAAUACUAUUUGUUAAUUUUGUAGAAAUUUUAUUUGGAUCUUAGUUAUGGUUACAUAUUUUAGAUAUUUUACUCCACAGAAACUGUGAAUGUGAGGAGUUUAUGGAAUCAGGCACUGAUGUGUUGUUCAAAUACUAUUAUGUAGGGUGACAUAUUUGGAUUGAAAUGUCAAAUAGUAGUACUCAUAGGUACAGUAGAACCCCGAUUUAACGAAGUGCUAUGGUUACAGAAAAUGUUUACUCUAAAUCAAUGUUUCGUUAAAUCCGAUUUACCGAUUUUCAAUGACCCCCGCACUCAUAAUCGCGUCCCAACGUUUCCACAUCGUAGACAGGGUCGACGCUGAUAUCUUGUGCUGCCGUGCUAUCUCAGACUUCGUCAACUUUCCAUCUUCAACGUUUUUGAUCUCGCUCGUACGGCCCCCGGUUCGUACGUACACCUCGGUCGUACAUACAGAUUUUCAGAAACCAUGAAAAAUGAAGCAUAAAAUAAAAUGUUAAAAAAUAUGUAAAGUGUAAGAAAUACAUUAAAGUUUAUUAAAAUACAAGUCGCAACCUGCAGCGUUUAUAACAAAUACGAUCUACAUACACAUUGCGUCACAGUAAAAAAUUAAAAAAAAAAAAUGGCCGCAAAUUGAUGUAAAAUUACCGUCAAUAGCGCGCCGUACACGGAGAAAGGUCAUUGUACUCGGUCAGCUGCUGUUACGGCGCGGCGUGGCCGCCGGCUGACUCUCUUUGUUCGCUGAGCUGCACAGCACUUAUAAAAAACGUAUUCCAAAAACUAAACACCGCGCACAAAGCUCUUACUGAGAAUAAUAGAGCUGUAGCAAACCGUAUGUAUUCGGUAUUGAGUAACGGGUGCGCCAUCUAGUAACGAGUAACGAAACGUUACACACGGCUGCAUCUUGUUACUCACAUUUUUCGUAUGUUUUACCCAUGCGCGCGCAUAUUUGGUGAAUUUUCGAUACAAAGAACGAUGUUUGUUUAUUAAGUAAUGUAUAAUUUGGAAAUUCGUCGUCAAAGUUUUUUACUGUUUAUUAAAGGUAUUGUGAGAGUAGACAAAGUUUGAGAUUGGAACAGAAACAACGUAAGAAAGUAUUGUUUACAAAUUAGAAAUAUGUAUGAAUUGUUUUUUAUUAUCGUGUAUUUUCAGGUUUUUUGUUCUUAUCUUAAAAGAGAUAAUAUAAAAAAGCCGCUCUAAUGAGAUUUAAUUGUUUCUUGGUUAACAAAAAAAUUGUUUAUAUUCUAUUUAUUAUUAUUAUUUAUGCGACGUCAUACUGUACGCGUACGCAAUACGACUCGAUUCGUUGCUGCAACAUAACAUAGCAUGUUAUGCGGUAUCAGAAGUAACGAGUAACGUAACGUGAUACGAUAGUAACAAGUACUAAUUGUUAUAGUAACGAAUACAUACGGGUACACUUUUUUUUGUUACUUUUACACCUCUAGAGAAUAAUGAUAAUGGCGUAUUGGUGUGACGUAGUCACAAGUUAAAUGAACCUGGAGGAUGGGAAAGGGAAUAUUUGGAAACGUGGGAUUAUUAUAGCACUGUUACUAUGCGGGCGUGUUUGGAAGAUAAUGUGGUGAGUCAAGCUCGGGAUAGAGGAGGGGGAGGGGGAUGCGGACAAAGAAACCUUUCAUGACGUCAUGUGUCGCGGACAGUCUAUCUAUCCAGGCGCGCGCAAUGGCACGCACCUACGCAAUUCAGUUACAGCACCCGGAGUUUUUAAGCAAUUUGAACAAUUUUUUUAAUUUUUUUCGUAUUUGGACAGAUGAUACAAAUGCACAUAUUAAUAUACAGUACCUCCAUUCUAUUACUGACACCACAGAGUGUAUUUUUUAAUAAGAUUCCAUUACAAUUUACUUUCAUUUUUUGGAAAUAUAUAUUAUUAUUUUAAUAAAUUGGUGUUUUUUUGAUGGUUCCUGAAAACCUUUACAUUAAAUCGCUGUUUUCGUUAAAUCCGUGUUCGCAAAAUCGGGUUCUACUGUAUUUAAGAUGGAACAUUCAUAAACGAUAAAACCAAAUUAAGCAAACAAAAUUGCAAACUUUGACACCUGGCCUGACAGAAGCACAUUCUGCAUGCAUCAUAUGCUCUGUAUCCGAGCUCAAGUGAUUCAUUUAGUCGUGAACAAGUAUAGGAUUUUAAGUACAUAUGUUAAUAUGGUAUUUAAAAAAUACCAUGUAUUAAUUUCUCUAAGAAUAAUUGUUUAAAAUGGCUCUUGCACCUGUAAUUUUAUUCAUAGUUAGAAGUUCUUAAGACUUUUGAAUUGUUACACAUUAUCUAAGGAUUAUCUGUACUAAUGGGGUAAAUUUUUAAUGAAGAUGUUAAAUAUUACCAUUUAACUGUUUUAAAAGUACCCUCAUUUAUUGCAUAAUCGUCACACCUAUAUUUUAGGGCUUCAAAAUUUGGAUAAAAAAAACCUCUUGCGUAAAUGUCACAUGAUACUUUUGGUCCCGCUAUUAGAUUCCGAGCACUUUUUGUAGGUAUCUUUUCCAUAUAAAACAAUGUGUUUUAAAGUAGAAAUCUAAUAUUUAUUCGGACAUUACCACUUACUUAUUUAAUUAACAGAAUUACAAAGUUGUCAGAUGUAUAAAUUUUCUUUUAAAGAAGUUUUUAAACAUUAUAACCUUUCUGUUCGUCUGCGUCGCCGCGGUGUACCGCUUAUAAAAAUGUAGCUAGCGCUAGUUGGCAUCAUACAUGUUUGGUUAUGUUGCUUCCCAUAUAGAGUGCACGCACGUAGUCGAAUAUCGAUACUGAUAUCUCGCUGAUUGCAUGCAACGCGCGCUCUCUGUCGAGAGCUGAGUUAACUACAUUUGUUGGUUUGCACUCUUUCGUGGUGUGCACUACGACGAUAGUUAUGCUAUAGUUCAGGCUCACAUUCACAUUUUGUUUUUCUAUUUAAAGUUAAAGAAAGGUUUUCGUUGUAUCACUUAUUUUAUUAAUUUAAAUUGUUCGGGGUGCUUUUAUAUACUCUACUAUUUAAAUUAACGUACUUUCCAUGAAUGGGUUUUGUUUUGACGUGAUAAUGUCUUAUAAAUCGAUGAACGCCGGCUGCACACACGAAAAAGCAUGACUCAUUGUCACAUUCCGCCUGAGCCGAGCUUGCAAGAACCGGCCAACCACCAUGCGAGAAAAUCUUCUUUAAUAUCAAACAGGUUACGGCGGGCUUUUAAAAGCAGCAAUUUAAAAAAUUUAAUUUAUUUGUUCAAUUUUGUCAUUUCAAAUUAACAAUUUAUUGACAUUGAUUUGAUUUCAGUUUAUUUUUAUAACUAAUUGUUUGUGAUUUUUAAACAAAUUUAAAUUAAAUUUCUCAAAAACUGUAAUAAUAUUUGAAAAUUAAAAAGUAUGCAAUUUAUCAUCAAUGUUUUUUUAUGACAUUAUCACAUAAAAUUAUCGUCCGUAAACCGACUUUACAGACAACCCCCUUUAUUAUAAAUAUGUAACUUUACCUGACAAAAAAAAAUUUUUUUUUUUCCGCAUAAACGUUGCACCCCUACUUUUCAAACUUGAUUUUGGUAUAAAAUGUGCGACGAUUAUGCGAUAAAACACGGUAUUUCAUUGGUAAAACCAAAAAAAAAUUAAUAUAUUUUGCAUGAAAACGAAAAUUUGAAAGUGUUGAAGUGCAAGGUAGCUCCACUUUUCUUUGAGUAGUGGUUAAACUGAAGGUGGUAAUAUACGUCAUAAAUAAGAAAAUAAAGAAAGUAAAGGAAAAAAUAGGUGAGCUUGAUGAUUUAUGUAAACAAUAAAGUAAACAUACAAUGCCUACAGCAAGGUAAAACUAGAUGUCAAUUACCUAAAAUGUACCAACUGCAAAAAACUUAUACAAGUGUUUAAUCAUUAGUUUAUAACAAUAGUAAGCUGUCCAUUUGUAGAGCCAAUAUUUUAUAUUGUUAUCAAAAAAAGAUCUAAUUUUUUCUUUAUCAUCACGUACUUUAUCAUGUACGUACCGAUCACAGUUUCAUUGAUGAACUGCUUAAACAAUGCGUAGUAGAUACAUUGUUGAUUGUAAAUAUGUAACUAUGGGUGUAUUUCACGACUACUUGAGCACUCCUAACAGCCACUGAAUGUGUGGUUGGUCUCAUUAGUCAUUGAGUCAGUCGCCAUCAUCGGAUGUGCGGCUGUCUUCACUUAUUAUUUCUCCUACCAGAGGUUAGUUUCUCGCCGAAACAUAUAUAAGGCAUUAACAUAUUGAUGAGUAGAACCAAGAUUUUAUGAUUUAAUAUUUUGACCUAUUUCGAAGUGAAAAAUUUAAGAUUUUGUUAUUAUUUUUUGUGAAGUUGUACAUAUAUGGAUUUUUUUAUAAACCCCAAUAAACCAUGUUAUUGGAACUAAGGCCUAACUAAACCUUCAUAACAGUAUCAGCAGUGGGGGUAAAAAAUUUGACUUCUGGUUUUAAUUUUUUCUGUUGUUAACAUAGUUUACACUUUUAAUUUUACCUUUUAUCACUGCAUUGCUGCAAUACUGUAUACAUAAAUAAAAUACAUAUCAAUUUGCAGUGUUGGAAGUCUAGUUACCUUAUGCAUUUCCUUUUGAUGUAUCAGAUAUUGCUGCUUAUAUUGACUUAAUUAUUAUAAUAUUUUUUAACCAAGACUUUUUUACUUUCUUUACUUCCCUGUAAAAAUAAUACACUAGUAUGUAAAUAAAUUUUGUUGGUAAUUCAUGCAAAUUUUGUUGCGUUACUGACAUGCAUUUCAGUGUUUCUUCGGUUUUAUACCCACCAUAUAAACUUCCCACUAUCCAUUUGAAAUUUUCAAUUUUGACUUCACUUUAUAUAGAAAAUGUAACCAAACACUAAACUUCCACUUCCAUUCAGGGCAUAGCGACAGGACUAUAUUAUUUUAAUGUCCUACUAAACAAAACAAUAAAUAUUUUAUACUUUGCACUCCAGAAAGUCAAAAGUUGUGUGAAUUAAAUUUACAAACAAUUUGUGAUUGCCUGCAUUCGUAUGCUCUCAGGUUUCGGUUGAUGUCUUCCUUACAUAUUUAUAUAAUGUUUUAAUCACAGUUUUUCUGUUUUAAAAUAGACAUUUUUACUCAACAGCAGCUUCAGACGAAGUUCAGCAAGUCUUUAGAAGGCCUACACCUAGUUUCACUUUUUAUUUUAUUUUGCAGCAUGAGAGAUGUUUGUUAUGACACCAUAACAGGAAUUUGAGAAACACCAGCUGUACUCAUCACCCAACACAUGAGACACUUGCAAACAUUUAAAAUGUCUUACUUUCAUUUGUCGUAAGAAUGAAGGCAAGGUAUGUAUCUAAAUGUGCAAAGGACACAAAAAAUUAUUUAACUAUGAAAAUUCCAGUUUUCCGUAUUGGCUGAUAAAAAUUUCUGCUCAGGUGGAUCUGGUAUUAUAAGCUCUGGCUCAGCACUAACGCUUUAAUUGCUUAUCUAGUUUUUUGGAUUGGCAUUUUAACCACAACUUCAUGAAGUGUUACAUUAUCACUGUUUCAUCACAACAACAUUCUUUUCUUGUAAAUGGUAAAAAAAUUAAUGUGUUGUAGUGCAAGCUGCAUCAUAAUUUUUUCAAUAAUUUUUGUGUGUUUAGCAGCGUUAUCUGCAUAGUUGGUUAUCAUUUUACUCAAAACAUGUUCAUCCAUGGAUUUCAUUAGUCUUAAGAGUCUAAUUUUGUUCAUCAAAAAGGCUUGUUUGAACUUAUAGGUAAAAUGAGCACUGUAUGCAAACAUAAUAUUAAUAAGUUUGAAAUCCUGUUCUGACUGUAUGCUCUCAGCAUAAGUAUACCUGUACUUGUGUUCCUAUGUACAUAUUUUUAGUUUAAAAUUAAUUGCUUUGACACCUGAGGGCUCAUUUUUUAUGGUAAAAAUUGUUUAAAUCUUAGUUCAUCAACUGCAUAUUUUAAGUGUUUGUUUCAACUACUAAUGAGUGUAUUUACAUGGAAAUUUGAAAUUAUGUUUUAGUUAUGUUAAAAAUGGCUAAAAAAAAAAAAAGUGUGUAAUUUUGGCAAUAAAUUAGUAUGCAUUUAGAUUUUUGCUCAAAA